CCUAUAAAUACUCUUCAUCUCCCAUGGUACUUUACACCACACCAAGAAGAAAUAUUUAACCAUUAUGGCUAAAGCUUCAGCUUUCUUUGCUUCUCUCCUUCUUCUUUCUUCUCUUUCUCUUGUUGCUCUCUCUGAGGCUAAAGACUCGGUUCAUGUUGAGAAGGGUCUUUCAUGGACUUUCUAUAAGAAGAGCUGCCCCAAAGUUGAAUCCAUCGUCAGAAAACAGCUCAAAAAGGUCUUCAAGGACGACAUUGGCCAAGCUGCCGGCUUGCUUCGUCUCCAUUUCCACGAUUGCUUCGUUCAGGGAUGCGAUGCUUCAGUGUUGUUGGAUGGAUCAGCAAGCGGGCCAAGUGAGCAAGAUGCGCCGCCGAAUCUGAGCUUGAGGGCGAGGGCGUUUGAAAUCAUCGACGAUCUUCGAGCUCUUGUGCACAAGGAGUGUGGAAGAGUUGUUUCCUGCGCAGAUAUUGUCGCCAUUGCAGCUCGCGAUUCAGUUGUCCUGUCAGGAGGUCCCGAUUAUGACGUGCCUUUGGGAAGGCGAGACGGGCUGACCUUCGCAACAAGAAAUGCCACUGUGGCCAACCUUCCAGCCCCAAGUUCCAACACCAGCGUUCUCCUCACCUCUCUGGCAACCAAAAACUUCGACGCAACCGAUAUUGUGGCCCUCUCCGGCGGCCAUACCAUCGGCAUAAGCCACUGCAACUCCUUCACCGACCGCCUCUAUCCCACUCAAGACCCUACCAUGGACAAAACUUUCGCCAACGACCUCAAGGAAACCUGUCCCGCAAAGGACACCAACAACACCGUGGUGCUUGAUAUCCGGUCGCCGGACGCCUUCGACAACAAGUACUACGUGGACCUGAUGAACCGUCAGGGGCUGUUCACUUCGGAUCAGGACUUGUACACGGACAAGAGGACGAGGGACAUCGUGAAAGCCUUUGCGGUGAACCAGACUUUGUUUUUUGAAGAAUUUGUGAAGUCGAUGUUGAAGAUGGGUCAACUCAGUGUGUUGACUGGGAAACAGGGAGAGAUUCGAGCUAAUUGUUCGGUGAGGAAUCCGGAUAACAAGAAGUUUUUGGCUUCUGUGGUUGAAGAAGAUGUGGUGGAAGAAGCGUGGGCUGAGUUGAGGUAGGGAGCAGCUGGGUUGUUUUAGCUAACUUGUGGACUUGUUGUAGUGAUGUGGUUUUGAUUUAAUGUAUUUGUGCUUCUGAGUUUUUAAUUAUCUUGCUUUGUUUUUAACCUUGAAUAUGUUAAUAAAAUCAGCAGGAUGUUAUCAUUUUA